UAAAAAUUUGAAUGAUCACAAAGACGGAGAGAGCUUCACUAAUUGGUAAGGCUGUAAAUGUAUACACCACGGCUGCUGUGUGUGCAGGACUGUUGAACGCUCUGAUAAGUGCUCACGCAAACAAACAGCAGAUUAUUAUCUGCGAGUGAUUCGGCAAUUCAGAUAAGCUUGUGCUGAGAUAUUACACUCAGCAACUGAAGGACGAAGCCAAGGCAUAAUUGUGAAGAUGAAUUUCAACCUGGUGUCAGCCAUUCUUCUCUGCUUGACCACAUGGAUGACAUUGGUCCAUGCAACCCAUGGACCAGUGGCAACCUGUUGUCCUGGGUGGUCCGACACCAGAGCCCCAUUAAAAAAAAUUGUGAAUUACACCACUCAGUCUGAAGGCAUCUGCCCAGUCGCAGCCGUAAUAUUUUAUACGGCAGCUGGAAGGAGAAUUUGCUCUAACCCCACCAGUGAAUGGGCGACGAAAGCCAUUCUGAAGGUGGAUGAGGACAAAAAAAAGGCACUGCAAAAGGCAGGACAGAAUGAGGAUAUAUCAAGGAUCGACAUCACACCAGCAGCGGCCAUUGCAUCAAAAAACCCGCAACAGAAGACAAGCAGAAAAGGAAGGAGGCGGCAGAGGAAAAAGUACAGGGAACUGAGGAACUGGCAAAGAAGACGUAACUGAGGAAUGACAAGACAGCAAAGUAACCACAGUCAGCAAACAUUGCUGUGUCCAGAGGAGCUUGUCCUGCCAUAUUGCAAUAACAAACCUGAAACAAAGCACGCUUCUACUUGAUGAUUAGUUCUGCAAUAAAUAUUUAAAGAUAUCAUAACUAUAAUUUGUUGUCAUAAAAUGUUUACCUUUUUCCUGUCAGCUACCAAUAAAGUUUACCAAUAAAGCACA